AUGUCAAAAGAUUUCUACAAAGUUUUGGGUCUUAACAAGAAUGCAACACCGGAUGAAAUCAAAAAAGCAUAUAGAAAAAUGGCUUUACAAUAUCAUCCGGAUAAAAAUAAAGAACCCGGGGCGGAAGAUAAAUUUAAAAAUGUAUCAGAAGCUUAUGACGUGUUAAGUGAUCCCGAGAAAAGAAAAACUUAUGACAGAAUUGGAUCAUCACAAAAAUUGCCUUUUAAAAAUCGUCAUGCGGAUUUUUACGAUCCGUUUACAGCCUUUUCAAAUCCAAAAGGAUAUUCCAGGGUUUGGUUUACGGAAAACAGUAGAUCAGGCCCCAGCUCUUCAUCGACUUUUAGUUUCGAAACGGACGAUCCAUUUAGGAUUUUCGAAAGAUUUUUUGGAACUAAUAACCCUUUUCAAGCUUUUGAUUCAGAAUUAGAAAAUCAUAUUUCGAUAUUUGAUACGCCUCAAUUACAUUUUACGUCCUUCCCGUCUACAUCCAAAAAACGACGCUUUAGACAACAGGCGCCUACGUACAAAACCCUGGAAAUUACUUUGGAGGAUAUUUUAAAUGGAGUUACCAAAAAAAUGAAAGUUGUAAGUAAAGUAUACGAUGACGACGGAGUGGAAUUUAAAGAAAACGAAAGAAUACUGGAAAUCAAGGUUAGGCCAGGAGUGAGAAAUGAUUCCCAAAUUGUGUUUCCUAAAGCGGGAAAUAAGAUGCCGGGUGAAAGUUGUCAAGCCGACAUUAUAUUUAUAUUACACGAAAAACCUCACCCAUUAUUCAUUAGACAAGGCACGUGGGGACAAGAUUUAAAGUACGUAGCUAAAGUUAGCCUGAAAGAAGCCUUAUGUGGGGUAGCAAUUAGUGUACCCUUGUUGGAAGGUAAUGGACAAACUUAUAGGUUGGAGGUUUCGAAUAAAGUCUUGCAUACCAAAUCCGAGAUCAGAAUAACAGGCAAAGGUCUACCUUACUCAACCGAUUCAACUACUAAUUUUAAUUCUAAUUCUAAAAAGGAACUAGAUAAGAGAGGUGACAUCAUAGUAAUCUUUGACAUCAUAUUCCCAGAGAUGUUAUCACAAAAUAGUAAGAAAAAAUUGAAUAUGGCUUUACCGUGA